UUCUCUCUAUUGGUUUGAGAUAUCUUCCCUGAAUAUGUCAAAUGAUGAGAGCCCUUAUAGCCGUGAUGGCAAACGUAUAGCACGUGUGUCCCAGCUGGCACGCAGAGCCCUCUCUGUGGGCACGUGAGCCAUCACCCAGCUCAGCUCCACCAUUGUCGUGUCCCACUCCUCCGCUGACGGCCGGGUCAGGGAAAUCCGAAUCAGGCUUGCCUCUGCAGCUCUGCCCAAAGUCCUAGCAAAGUCCUCAGAGCAGGCAGGAGACCAGUAAGUGACUUCAGCAAGAUAAGUUCGACUUUUGCCUGACUCAGAGACUGCCAGAAAGCAGAUCCUUUAUAUAGGCCAUGGGGUGUGGCUCCAUGACUCAGCACUCAUUAAGGCCUGCCCCUCCCUUCCUUCUGUUGCCUCCGCCUAUCCAAUCUUCUGAUGCGAGGAUCACUCCAAUCAGCUGUUGGUAAUAAACCCUCCUCAGGCUCACAUGCUGUGGAGGAGGGGGAGGGGUCUAGCUGCUCCGUUUGCCUGGGCAUGGAGUCAGGGCUGGGGCAGGGAGGUGCUCCUUCUUCUGCAGUUUGUCUGGGCAUGGAGCCAGGACUGGGGCCGGGAGGCAUACAUUCCUCCGUGUUCGGGAGCAGAUAAGAAGGCCCCGGCUGCUCUGAGGGCGGGCAAGACACAACAACCAUAUAUAUUGUAAAUAAAAAUGAAAUCAGUGACUACUUAUGGUUUGCUUGUUGAGUGUUUUUGGUUUGCUCUAUUUUGUGGAUCUGCUACACAUUUAUUGGCCGAUAGUGUUUAUCAUAAGUGGGAAAAAUUAUACUUAGUUCAUCAUUGGCCAGUGACUGUAUGCAUGAUGAAUGAAAAUGAAUGCAAUGAUCCACCAAUGUACUGGACAAUCCAUGGACUCUGGCCUGAUAAAACUGCAGAAUGCAAUAGAAGUUGGCACUUCAAUAUAUCUGAGCUUAAGGAUUUCAUGGAAGACAUGAAAGAAUAUUGGCCAGAUAUACUACAUACAAACCAUACUCAUUUUUGGAAACAUGAAUGGGAAAAACAUGGGACAUGUGCAGCUGAAUUAGAGGCUCUUAACUCACAAAAAAAGUAUUUUCAGAAGGCACUGGAACUCUAUAGAAAAAUUGACUUUAACAGUUUUCUCUCGAAAGUUGGGAUAAAGCCAGGCUCUACCUACUAUCAGCUGACAGCCAUCAAAGAAGCUCUUGAAAGCUUUUACAAUAUAAUGCCAAAGAUUCAGUGUAUUCCUCCUGAAGAGGGACGGCUACAAGUAAUAGGCCAGAUUAAAUUCUGCUUUACCAAGGAGUUUACUCUGAGAAAUUGUACAGAGGAACAAUCUGGUUUAUCUUCUGCGCUUGAAGAUGACUUUUUCAGAACAGAGGAUCUAUCAGUUUGUAAUGAUACUCUGACUUACUACCCUUCACAUAUGAAAACGUACAAACAUUUUGUUGCAAAUGUUGUUGUAAAUUAGGAAAUUUGAACUUUUUAAAAUUCUUGUGGGGAACAAUUAUGCAUUGGAUUUAUAAAGCAGGGCCAUCUGUGAAUGGUGUUCUUUGUGUUUUGAUUGAUGACUGCUUGUUUCGUUAAAAUUGCCAUCCAUAUUAUAUAAUGUACUCUUUCUUCAAUAAAAUUGGUUUAUUUUUCACUUUU